CGGAGCAGGGGAAGGCUCUCCUGCCGUUCUCUCUCCCUCUCCUUUCCUCAAGUCCUCUCUUCUCGUUCCCCUUCUGCUGACUCCUAUCGCCGGUCACUCCCUUUCUUCCUCCCUCUCUGCCCCCUUCUACCUUUUCUUUGCCCUCUCCAUCCUCCUCUCUGUUGGUCACUAUGGUGAACAGAUAACCUGCCUGGCCGUCCCGACACCAUGGGUACCUGCCUCUGCAAAGGUCACAAAGAGCUCCAACAACCCAUGGCGGUGCUGCAGGGACAGGAGGAGGGGCAGCUGUGUGCAGGCAAGGGAGGCCAGAAACCCUCCAAUGGCAGCAUGGCAGAUAAGACUGGUAGUUAUGAUAUCGGGGAGCUGGCCACUUCGUCCCUUAUGGGCCUGGUGGCCACGAUAAAGGAGCAUAUCACCAAGCCAACAGCGAUGGCUCAGGGGCGGGUGGCUCAUCUGAUCGAGUGGAAGGGCUGGGGAGGGGGUGGGGAGGCCAGGGGGGCCGGGGGGACCUGGACUCGGGGCCGGGGUAAAGGCGGAGGGGCCUGGGGUGGGAUGGGGGCUGAGCUGCAGGAGGACGAACAAUUCUACUCCCAAAUGACGGACGAGAUCAAGGAAGCUCGUUUCGCUGCAGGAGUGGCCGAGCAGUUUGCCUUGGCUGAGGCGGCCAUGAAUGUGUGGUCCUUGAAUGAGAGCUUCCAGGAGCCCUCCACAAGCCUGCAAGCACAAAGACACUUCCUGUCUCACUUCCUGUUGGAUGGUGGCAGCGUUGGAGUCCCACAGCAUCUCUACAGCAUCCACACCCAGGCCUACAGUCAUGACAGGACAGACUCUCUGGCUCCUUCUGAACCGGGUCCCUCCCUUCUCCCUUUGGCCGCCUCUCAGCAGGAUGGAGGUCAUCCCUUACAGAGCGGGAGCACUGUGACCGUGGAGGCCAUUGUGCGACACAUAGACAGCAGCUCUCUGUCUGAGGAUGAUGUGUUUUUUAACUAGGGUUUAGAGAAGAAAAAAACAAAAAAAGGAGGAGGAGCCUUCAUCACAAUCUCCGAGAGGAGACCCGACAAGGAGACUAGAGGCCCCGUCCACCAGCAGUGACGCAUACUAACUCAGUUAAAUCGCUAAAACUCCACACACAGCAUAGGAGCCAGGUGGGGUGGGGGGUGGGGUCGACUCCCAUGCCCGUACACCACACGACCUCGGGGUCACUCUUUUAUUCACACCGGCCAGAACGGACCAGAACUGACAACAACGUAACAAGUGCCCCCCCCCUUGUGCCAAGUGGCGGCAUCAGUCCAAGUCACCUUCCUGCAGUCAGUCAGUAAACGGUCUCCUACUUAGUCUGAGUCGACCCCCCAAAACAACAACACAAGAACAACCACAACAUGAACACCCCAUCAUUAAAACACAAUUUUAAAUCUAACAUUAACAGUCCCAUACCAGCCAUUGCGCUCCUCCAGCGCAGAACCGCCGACAGUCAGAGCGCCCGCCUCCCCCGGUCGCUACAGUGUGAUGUCAUCGUCGUGUUUGUAUGGCGCAUGUGUAGCAGAUUUGGAAUGGAGUGUUUACUCACUUUAUUAUUAAAAAUGUACAUUCCACGCAGCCCCGCUGUUUAACAUAACGCUACGUUUUAUUUUACUUUUUUGCAUUUGUACGUUAGGAAAAGUUAGGCAUACUGUUGGGUCUAAGACAGUGUUUCUCAACCCAGUCCUCAAGGACCCCCUAUCCUGCAGAUUUUCAUUGUAACCCUGCAUAGGUAGCCCUGCUUGUACUUACUCGACCAUUCAUCUCGCAGCACUUAAUUAUGCAAGGUGUGCAACAUCUGACAAAAUUCAUUGCUGAUUGGUUGAA